CCCAAACACAGUGCCUUUGCAGCAACACACUCCCUUUCCCUCUCUCUCUCUCUCUCUCUCUCUCUCUCACUAACAAAAAAAAAACUCAAAAACUCAGAUCAGAAUUAUCAGAGUGGGGAGAAAUGGGUGCUCUGGAUGCUCUUUCAGACUAUUUCACAAUCUCAAAACCAAGGAAGAAACGAAAGCCAAUGCAGACGGUUGAAAUCAAGGUGAAAAUGGACUGUGAUGGCUGUGAAAGGAGAGUAAAAAAUGCUGUUACUAACAUGAAAGGGGCUAAGCAAGUGGAGGUGAACAGAAAGCAGAGCAAAGUGACGGUGACGGGAUACGUGGAGCCAAACAAGGUGUUAAAGAAAGUGAAGAGCACAGGGAAGAAGGCAGAGAUUUGGCCGUACGUGCCUUACAACUUGGUGGCAUAUCCUUAUGUCGCCGGAGCUUAUGACAAGAAGGCUCCCUCCGGCUACGUGAGGAACGUGACUCAGGCACUUCCGGGCCCGAAUGCGCCGGACGACAAGUAUACCUCUAUGUUUAGCGACGAAAAUCCACAUGCUUGUUCUAUCAUGUGAAGUGAUUUAGAAGUAAUUAAGAAGGGUUGAAAUUCACUGGCUUAAUUAGAUUAGACUACUGUUAGUAAAUUAUUGUUGUAUGCUUACUAUGAUCGAUCUAUGCCACGUUGUGCCUUGAGUUUUGUUUGUAUUUAGGUUUGUUUGUGUUGUUUAAUUUUCUCCUUGAUGUUUAGGUUUGUACGUAAUUAAUUUGAUGAUGAUCAUUUUCGGUAAACUUUUUUAGUGUUCUCAUGUUAUCACGUAAAAUUAUUAUCAUUGGUGCUGUAUUUCUUUUCUCUUGUUCUAUGAGGGGUUAGGUUUAUGUCCCCCCCUGUCUAGGUGUAUCUUCUUUUUUCUUAUCAAUAAAUUUCCCUCGUACCGCC